CCGGUGUCUUAUAACAUUUCACUUCCUCCCAGAGUCAGACCCGACCAGACCAGAACACCCCGACAGAACCCGACAGAACCCGACUGGAACCGUCUGGAACCGUCUGGAACCGUCCGGAACCGUCCGUACCGUGUUCCCGCCUUCAGUAACGGCCGGUUGGUUUCCAUCGUUACCCGAGCAGCAUGAAGCGCGCGCUGUAGGACCGCUGAGUGACGUAGCAGCGAGACCCGGGACCCGGUGAGGCCUCCUCCAGGUCCUCCAGCAGAGACAGAGACCAGGUCCUCCAGAGACAGGUCCUCCAGGUCUGUAGGUCCUCCGGUAGAGCAUGUCGUCCCCGUCCCCGUCCUCGUCCUCCGCGGGGGGCUCGCGCCGGCAGUGGUGCUACCUGUGCGACCUGCCGAAGCAGCCGUGGGCGAUGCUGUGGGAGUUCAGCGAGGCGGUCUGCCGAGGCUGCGUCAACUACGACGGAGCGGACCGGAUCGAGCUGCUCAUAGACACGGCCCGACACCUGAAGACCCAGCACCAGAACCACAACCAGCACCAGCACCAGAACCAGGUCCUGGACGGACACGGCCGGUCUCCGGGUCCACCGGGUCCACCGGGUCCACAGCACCACGGGAAACCUCUGUACGGGUCCGGGUCCGCCCGCCUGCCCAACGGGCUGCACCGGGCCGAAGACGGGACCGGGUCGCUGUCCGAGUCCAGCAGGCAGAGCCCCAACACCAGCACCCGCAGACCCGUCGUCCCGGGUAUGGGUCUGGGUCUGCACAGCUCCAUCUCUCAAGCCCUGAUGGCUCAGGGUCUGGUCGCCGCCCCCCACGGCCUGCUGGCCCCCCUAGCGGGGUCCAGAGCCGGGGUCGCCAUACCCGUCUCGGCCGGGUCCAUGCUGGGCGAAGUGGGUCGGAGACAGGUGGUCUCUCUGGGGGGUCUGGGAGUCGGAGUCGGGGCUAGCACCUCUGCUCUGGUGGGAAUCGACCCGGCUCUCUGGAGGAACAACGAGGUGAUGGCAGAACUCAACGAGGUGGCCCGCAGCCGGGUCGAAGGCUGGCCCAACCGGCCCAAAGCGGUCCGGGACGUCCUGAUGGCGCUGAGCGGCUGCGUGCCCUUCAACGUGCGCUUCAGGAAAGACCACAACCUGACGGGUCGGGUUCUGGCCUUCGACACCGGCGCCACGCCGGAGUUCGAGCUGAAGGUGUUCGCGGAGUACCCCGCCGGCUCCGGGAUGAUCUUCUCGGGCGUCCCGGACCUGGUCCGGCAGAUGUUCCGCGACUCGGCCAAAGACGCGGGCAAAGCGGUGAACUCGGGGCUUCGCUACGUGGAGUACGAGAAGAGGCCCGGCACGGGAGACUGGCGCGGGCUGUCGGAGCUGCUGAACGACGGCGUGCGCAUGUUCAAAGAGCCCCCUAUUCCAGAGGUUCUGCCGCAGCCGGAUGCGGGGAUGCCCGUGGCGGCCGGCGGACGCCCGGCACUGGCGAAGGGCACGACCCGGCGCCGCAAGGCUUCUCCGGGCUCCGAGAACGGGGAGAGCGACGGGAGGCUCGACGGGAGGUCCGACGGGAGGCCCGACCACGCGGCGAGGGAGCCGUGGCCCCGAGGCGUCUACGCCGCCAUGGAGCCUCUUCCUGGCAUGGAGGGCCCGCCCCGGCUCCACAGCCAGCCCUCGCCCAUCUCGGCGCUGAUGGGCGUGGCAGACAGCCUGAGCUCCGGCCAGAUGGCCAGAGACAGCCCCGGCGUGUCCACGGCCCACUCGUCCUCGGCGGGCCGCCCCACCAGCGGCAGCCCCUCCGCCGCCUCCACCUCCGUCUCCCAGGCCGCCGUGGGGCAGAGCGCCGGCGCCGGGGAGUCCACGAGCGGCGCCCAGGGCACCCUGCUCUGCUGCACUCUCUGCCGAGAGCGCCUGGAGGACACUCACUUCGUCCAGUGUCCCUCUGUCCCGCACCACAAGUUCUGCUUCCCAUGUACCCGCGGGUUCAUCCGCAGCCAGGGUCAGGGCGGCGAGGUGUACUGCCCCAGCGGCGAGCGCUGCCCGCUGGCCGGAUCCUCCGUCCCCUGGGCCUUCAUGCAGGGAGAGAUCUCCACCAUCCUCGCCGGGGACGGAGACGUCACGGUGAAGAAGGAGAGCGACCCUUGACCGCUCCACCCGGUCCUGGUGAAUGUGGAUCAAACACUUUGAAAGCACUUCCCUAUUAUCUGGAGCAGAGGUCCACGUCGGCUGCAGUUCAUCAUGUGUGCCUCUGAGAACAGAAGAACUCUGGAGAACCGGAGAACAUCUACACACACACACACACACACACACACACACACACACACCGUUAACUAAAGACACAACAAGACUCACUUCAGAGAGGACACGUCUCCGUCUGUCUCCGUCUGUCGGGGCUCGGCUGGGCGGCGACAUCUCGACCCAACGUUGAGUCCUGACCAAACCCCCCCCUCCCAUCAUCAGCCCUCCUCCUCCCAUCAUCAGGACUCGUCUUCAGACCUCGUCCCAUCAUCAGGACUCGUCUUCAGACCUCCUCCCAUCAUCAGGACUCGUCUUCAGGACUCGUCUUCAGACCUCCUCCCAUCAUCAGGACUCGUCUUCAGACCUCCUCCCAUCAUCAGGACUCGUCUUCAGGCCUCGUCUUCGGGCCUCGUCUUCAGGCCUCGUCCCAUCAUCAGGCCUCGUCUUCGGGCCUCGUCCUCAGGCCUCGUCCCAUCAGAACUUGUCUUCAGGCCUCGUCCUGGAAGCCCCGGACAGAAAGCACACGCUUGUUUUAGGAACGACAAUCUUCUUUUGUCCUUCAUUUGUGUUCUUGUCCUCCAUGUUGCGUCCCGUCCGUCCCCUCCAGACGGACGACGGGCGUUCCGACAGAAUCGUCAUUUCUCUUUGAAAAACAAAUGAAUGUUCAGAAUGUGUCCGAACCCAUCGAGUCCUUAACGCCAAGGAUGUAAACCAUGUAAUCAACGAUAUGUCUCUUAGGUAUUCUCCUUCUAUUGUACGUCAAAAAUGUGAAUUUACUUUCAAUAUGGCUCUGUAAUUUCUAUUUUUGAUACAAUACAAAUUUCUAUGUAUUUGUUUAUAGUGAUAAGAAGACCAAAGAUGGCUUCAUGCUCAAUGUCCUUUUGUUGUAUUGUAGCCGUGUCCGCUGUAUUCACUGAGCGCCUCGGCGUCAGUCACUAAUCUGUUCAUCUAUCACAGAGGUAAAACUUGUUAUUGUCUAUUUACUUUAUCGAUAUAUGUAUGGUAAGAUGAUUAGCACCACUUUACUCAUGUGAUCUGCACAGGUCAAUUCUACAAUAAAUUACUAAAUAGUUA